AUUUCUUUCCCACUGGCAAGUCUACUUCGCAUAAGCGAAGGCAAAUCGGAGCAUAUCGCAGCUCACAGAAGAACUCGGUGGUGCAACUGCGAAGAAACGGAUUCUGCUUCCCGUGACAUUAGCGCCAGAUGUUGGUUGCCAUGUUUGGUUAGUUACUAUGUUCAGCUUAUUUACAUUCGCCGUUGAGACGCAUGAAUUUUGAAGUUUCAAGUUUUAAACGGCCGUGGAAAAUGGAAGAAAGCAAAAAUUUAACGAUGAGAAGACUGAAAACAAAGCAGAUGAAUAAGCUGUUGGAACUUCUACAGCAGCAAGUAAAUAAGCUGUUAUCCAAUGCUUCUAUUAAUCCAUCAGAAGUUCUGGCUGCAAAAUCAAUAUUUUUUGAGCAGUUAUAUUGUUUAACUAAAAGAUUUAAUAAUAUAACAAAUGAUGACAAUUAUGACGAAGAAACAAAUGUAAAAUUAACAGAUACAGCAAAUGUGAAAUAUACUUCUUUAUUGAAAGAUAUCGAUGAACUUAUCAGGGAUAUUAGAGGUAAUAUUGACAGCUAUGCAGCAGAAUAUAUGACAAGAUUAUUGCUUGAUAAUUUUAUAUUGGCCUUGCGAAUGUUGGAAGAUUUAGAAUGUUUGCCGUUGAAGCAGAGGCUUCAGGAUUGUCUAGACUAUGUCAGAGAAAUGAGCACAGCAAAUGAAAUUGAAGAUCUUCAAAAUAUAAAGGAACUGGGUACUUCAAUAUUGGAGAUACUUGAACCACUGCAGAAUUAUAGAAAGAGUUUAAUAUCUGCCUUUCUAUCACAGAAUCUAGCUUUAUAUAUCUCUCAAUUAUGCACGUCGUUUCAAAUGCUGGUACAACUGACUCGGGAGCAGCAUGAAUUAAAUGCACCAAUUUAUGUUUGCAAGAAAUAUAUUUGUGAAAGAAUAUGCACUUGUUGUGAAAUGAUUUUGGACUUGAUGAAAGAUUCAAAUCUAUCAGUGGACAUGGAAAUUUGUGAGAGUGAGAAUCAUUUCGUCUAUAGAAUGGAUUUGGCAUUGGAUAUUAUAUUGGAAAUACCAAAUAAAACGCACAAAGAGCAAUUAUCUGAAUGUGAGGAACUGUGGUUGAGAUUAGAGGAUGUUUUCUCUCAUGCUAUGGCAAUUACUCAAGUGUGUCAACCAUAUAAUUUUAAAGCCAUAACUGGUUCAUGCCAAUCCAUAGUAAUGGAAUACGAGAAAUUAAAACAGCAAUUACUAACAGAGAUUCCGGAUCCAGCAUUAAACAACUUGUUUACGCAUACCUUGACCGAUGCUCUUUAUCGUUUGGAACGUAAAAUUAAUAUAGCGGUAUUAACGCUCGCAAUGGAGAUAUUCAGCAAUCCUUACGCGGCUUUGAAGAAGCUCGUUAUGACGUGCGGAAAUUCAUUGAGUGCGAAAACAAGAUCCAAGAGCGAUCUAAACAAUCUCAUAGAAGAUUUUGACCAGCUCUUCGAUCAAACUAUGCAAAUUGGAAUGUUUGCUAUUGCUUGCUGCAAAAAUAAGAACCGCAAUAAUAAAAUUCGUAAUUGUCUUGCGGGAUUCGAAUCCUUAGAAACUGAAUUAAUUUCUGCCAUAAUUUCCUUUUACCUGCAUCCAGAUAACAAAGAAAUGCGUUCUAGCGUUAAAUUAUUGACCACGCAAUGGCAGCUAGAAAUGAAUAAGUUUCAAAAUACAGUAAAUCUCAUUGUAAACUCGGCUGCCUUCUGUCAGGUAGUUAUAGAUAGUCUUCAAGAACGUAUAACGGCAAUCUCAGAUUGCCUGGAUAACAGAGAACCGGUAACGCAACUUCAAGUGCAAGGUAUUGUUCAGCGCGCUUCAGCUCUAUCUAGUCAAAUCACAGCAAUCGUAAAUGACAUUGGUACUGAAAACAUUGAUCGUCAAACGAUAAUGAUGACGAGAGAAUUAAAAGCAGCUAUAUUUGAAGCUAAUGCAGCUGCCAAGACUCUUCUGGUUGAAAACGCAACAGAACCUCAACAAUUGCGAGUGAUAAAACGAUGCGAAUUAAUAUUAAACGUCGUUCAAAGAUUGCAGCCCGCUUUAUCUACAAUCAUGAACAAUACUAUGCGUGAAAAAUCUGCAAGAGGUCAAGGAGAUUCCAAUCACGGCACGGGCGAUGUAUCAAACAUGAAUUUUCCAUCUGUAAUUUAUGGUCUACCGCGUGAUGAAAAUAGUUUAACUUAUAUCAGAACACCUUAUACAGUAAAAACAUAUAAGUCGCAAGUAUCUAUUCAACCAGCGAACAGUAUAGUGCAGAAACCGAUGGACCUCUUGUAUUUGAUACCUUAUAUAAAAAACGGCCGCACGCUGCGCAGCGAACGUUCCAUCAUGUACAAUACACCGCAUAAAAAUAAAGAUGUAGCAGAGAUAGCCGUUAGAAGCGAGAUGUCCUCAAGAAAUCUGUCUAGCAUCAGACAACAUCUUUUUAGCAGAGAAAGCUUUAGCAUCCAUGUCGACUUCGACAUAGCUGAAGAGAGCAUGGAUUUAACAGCUGCUUUAGAGAAGAUAUCUUCGUCAUCUACAUCGGGAAACGCAACGUUCUCGUCAUGCCAAUCUUCGAAAGUAGAAAACAUUUCGCCGGAAAAAGAAAAUAAGGAAUCGGUCUUCAACAUGGUAGAAAAAUUAUGUCAAACUGCCAGUUUGGAACCGAAAAACUGUUUAAAUGAGUCCGUGAUUGUGGAGAAAUUGGGCGAAUGCACCAUAUCUGGCGGUGGCGAUGCGUCUUUGAUCAUGGACUCUUGUCAAAAGCUUAAUAACACUCACUCUCCAAGUAAUGAGAUACAAAAGUCGCCUUCGGAGCAACAUGAGGUAUAAAAAAAAGAAGAUAUUUUCUUAAAUAUUGAAUAUCAAAGCAAUUUUUUUAUGUUAGUCUUUAAGAUGACUAUUACAUUAGUAUUAUAAAGCAAUUUGCUGUGCGAUUAUGCAUCGCAUCGUUAUACAAUAAUUGCAUUAAUAAAACUUAAAUUUGAAUUGUAAA